GUGCUAAAUGCUAAAAAGUAAACAACCAACCCCCUCUUUUCCUCUUCUAUAUUCUGAGUACAUACAUUCCAAAAUCAAAAUCAUUCGCCCCCCCCUGCACCACCGUGAUGGCUUCUACAACGGAGCAACCACCACCGAAAAAGCGCCGGCCGUCACAAACCCCACCACCACCGUCACCACCACCUACGCCACCACCACCACCACCGGGAACUCAAACACCCACCAAUACACCAACCCCACAAGCCCUAAAGCUAACACCUGAUGAAAUAGCACAAAAAAGAAGAAAUCAAGAAGAAAUUAGAAACUUUUAUGAAUCUUUUAAACAACUUAAAUAUUGUGUUUCAAGAAAAAAAGAUUUUAAUCAUGUUUUGCCUGAACUUGAACAAGCUUAUUUGUCCCUCAUUACUGCCUCUAGAGGCUGUGCUAGUGUUCAACGUCUUGUAGCACUGUUUGUCCCGAAAUACGCUUCACAUUGUCCAACAGCUCUUGAAGCAGCAGCAAAAGUUUGUAUCAAUAUACAUAACUGGAGCAUGACAAUUGUCAACAAAGGCGAAGAUGAUGCUGAAAAUUUUGCAUUUGGAACUGCUAAAAUCUGUAUAUUUGGUCUAGCUACUAUCUGUGAGGCUGCUUCAUUACAAACACCAUCAUCGUCUGUUAUCCAAGGCAUAUGUUCGGAGGUAUUUUUGAACGUAAUGAACUUCUUCAUAUCUUCCUUGGAGGGACAAGAAAUCUUCCAGGUUGUAAAUAAGGAUGUUGUGAACAUAUAUGAUUGCCCAAACACCUUCAAUGAGCUCAAAGAGAAGUAUUCUGUUGAGGACGAAGCCCCAUCUGUAAAAUUAUCAAAAUGUCGUGCAUUAUGUCUUCUCUGGAUUUUCUUUAGGUGCCCUAAAAGUACACUUGAAGCUUGCGUUGAACUCUGCAGUUCCAAUUCACCAGAUGCUGGGUCUAAUGUAGGACAGCAUUUUCUUAAUCAGGUGACAGCUAGACUUGGUACCUGUGAGGGGCAAGUUUCAAUAGACAACUCUCUUUCUGAAGAUGUGUCUCACUGGUCUAAAAGCUGCUUAUUGGAUCUGGUUCUUAAUAAAGACCCAUCUCUGAGACAGUGGAUAUUCUUGACUGUUAGAAGUGUUAGUAAAUCAGCGUCACCUAACGUUAUGUCUGCUAUCUCUGCUGCUUUCAACAGAAUAUUUAGUUCAUUCACAGAACAGGUCAGGGCACUGGACAAGCAAGUUGACAACAACAUGAAUGAUUCCAGUACCUCAAAAAUACAAAGGCAGUUUUCAGUUCCUAGAACCCCCAGUGAUGCUGUUGACCAACUCAAUGUUCUGCAGUUGGAACGAGACAUCCGUUCCAACACAAGUCCUAAUAACAGCGGAGGCCCACAAUCUAUGGAAUUGGAUUCUGUCGAUCACAGAGACUUAUCUCGUGCCAGCUCAUCAACGCCCAAUAUAAUUCGUGCCAGCUCAUCAACUCCCAACAAGGAGAGCCAUGCUUCAAGAUUGGGAAAUGGUUUACCUGCCUUGAACGUCUCUAUUGGAGGCGUUAAAAGUAAUUUUGAAUCACCUAAGCAUCACUUUCCAUUUUGGCACUCCGAUGGGGAUCGAGCUGCCAUGGAUGUUUUUUCAGCUUCAAGACAUCUUUGGGUGGGCUCAUUGGGUCCCGAGGCAUCUGAGCAUCUUGUAAGGUACCAAUUCGAACGAUUUGGUCCUAUCAAUAAGUUUUUGUACCUUUCUAUCAAAGGGUUUGCGGUAAUCGAGUACAAGCAUAUUAUGGACUCAAUAAAGGCCAGAGAAGUUAUGAGGGGGCAUUCUCCAUGGGGUGCUUGUCUCAUCAUAAAAUUCUUAGAUACAGGGCUAGGCACACGAGGUGAUAUAAACGGUGUAGCUGUGGGCACGUGUUGCGAUGUGUAUGUUGGAAAUAUUCGUAGCCAAUCAGAUAAGGAUGAGAUACUGUAUGAAUCAAGACAAGUUAUUUUUAAGGGCCCACUUGCAGUUAGUGAUCUUGUCAGUGAAGGUGCGGUAUUGAUGGAAUUUGGAAAUCCUGAAGAAGCUGCUACAGUAAUGGCACAUCUUAGACAGCGUCGCAAGGAAAAAAGAGAUUUUUUCCAGUCGCCAGGUGUUGGUCAUUUGCAUGUUGACUCAAGAAACAACAAUCUUGGAAAUUGUAUUGCUAGUUCACCUCUUGCACAAACCGUGGUUGGAUACAGCCAAUAUGGAAAUCCUAACCCCAUGGAGCUGUCUUCUCCAAGAGUUAAUAUUGUUAAUCAAGGAGCAACAAUGCAAAGUGGAUAUCCAUUCCAAGCAGGUGGUCAUAUAGCAUCGGGGGCUCCUGAACAGAAUUGGACUUACAGCAAUCCAGAAAGUGUACUAUAUUCCACACCAAUGCAUGGGCAUAAUUAUGCAUCAUCACAGCCAAUUCAACCAUUUCCUUACAUGAGACCUAUGUAUUAUCCUCCAAAUAGUUCAUGGGAUGCUCAUGGAAUGGAUCAUCAUAUGCCUUUAAAUCCUCAUAAUCAUGCGGUAGCGCCUCCUUUCUUACCUGCUUCAGUGACCCCACUUGCUCAGAUACAAGCGAAUCCAAUGCCAAAUCAUGAUCCGAUGUUUUAUGUGCCACCUCAGCCUCACAUCGCACCUCCAGUACCACCUCAGCUAAAUAUGCCGCUUCCAUUACCUUCUCAUCCAGGCUUGCCACCUCCAUCUUUUCAUCCCGAAUUGCCUCCACCAUUGCCGCCCUCUCCUCCUCCUUCUAUGCUUGAGUCUCAGCCACCUCCUCCACCACCACCUUUGGAAUCUUCAAUUGUGGGAGGUGGGGGACAAUGGCAGGGCACUUUAAGUAAAAGUGGGGUUCACUAUUCCACAAUACAUGCACGUAGACUGCAAUCAGAGGCCUGCAACUAUAUGGAUAAUAAUAUCUCAGAGCCUGCAGAAUGGCCUGCGAAAUUGGAUAUAACAAAGAGGACUGAUUUUAAACAUGUGAUGUCUACAUUUUCUGGCACUCCAUCACAUAAAAAGGAGGUCUGUCAGCUGCUCCCUACUUCUCCGGGCGACCAUAAAGGCUUUCAAGAUUUUAUAUCCUACUUAAAGCAGAGAGAGUGUGCCGGAGUGAUAAAGAUUCCAGCCACAAAAACGACAUGGGCAAGACUUUUGUUCAUUCUCCCCUACUCCAAUGAAACAUGUUCACUUCUUUCCGUAGCUCCUGAUACUGUAGACUGUUUGAUUGGACUUGUUUUACCUAAAGAAACAAAUUUUGAAUGGGUAUGAAUUCUGUUUACUUCAAGGAGAAAAAGGAAGUUUGUGAAUUCUUAGAUAUGAAGAUUGUGCUUAGGGAAAAGAAUUAUUACAACUAUAGAGAUGUUACCGUGUUGUAAAUAAAAACUUUGUAGAAGUGGAGAUGUUUUAGUAUAUUUUGAUGUUAAAAAUAGGUAGUUAAGUUUUCUUUUUAAUUUUCGGAAUGUCUGCCAGUUCUUAAUAUGUUGUAUAUAUUUAGUUAGAUAUCCUUUUUUCUUUCUUCUCUACACUUUGUUUUGCAUUUGAGCUUUUCAAGAUUGUCUAUAACCAAAUUCUUGGACAUAGUAUAAUAACAUGAGUUAUGAAUUUAUUUGACUCUU